AUGUACGACACCAUCCGACUGCCCAAGGAUACUGAUGGUACGAUUCUCAACGCCCUCGCUACUAAGUUCCGCGCAUUCAAGCUCCAUGCACUCAAAGUCGCCCCGGAAGCUUUUCCAGCAGAAUUUGACAGCGAAUCUCGGCUUCCACAAUCGACAUGGGUUAGCAGGAUUACCGAACCAAGCACGACGAUCUUGAUCUGCGUCGCGACUGCAAAAGACAAGGACAAGGAACCAUCAAUGUCUGGCGACAGGCAGUUAAGAAUCUUGCUAGACGGCGAGUGGACAGGAACGUUUACCAUGAUUGGCCCAGUCUCGCGCGACGACUACAUCUGGCCUAAGUCCGGUCAACCAGAACCAGGUCCCGAAGGAUCAGAGACCCGUUGGCAACUUACAAGUCUUUUCACGCUGCCUGCGUAUCGAGGCCAUGGUAUCGCGAAACGGCUUACCGAAGCAGCAAUCAAAUUUGGAAAACUUGCAUCAGAUGAGAUGGGCAGAGCAUCCGAGAGAGAUCUUCGGACGCGUAUUAGGCUUGUCGUACACCCUGAGAAUACAGGCGUUGUCAAGAUGUAUGAGAAAUUUGGAUUCGUAGAUAGCGCAAGGAUGACAGUAGCAGAAGCUUGUAUUGCUAAUGGAGCUGCGGACAUAGUACCUAGGUAUGCUGAUCCGAAGAAGUGGCAUACUAGGUUUGGUGUUGCUAUGGAGAUCCUAGUUUAG